AAAAAGAGAAGCACAGAGGCAUGGAACGCACAGCGCAGAGCGUCUGAUAGGGUGAGAGUUUGCAACAGUUGAUUGUCCUCCAAAGGCUGCAACCCUUAAUUGCCGUCCGCCAUGCCGCUGACGCCUGAAGAACAGCAGAAAAUCGACACAGGUGACAAUGACGCACCACUGAGCACUCACAUUUGCUUCGAGGGGCGCUAAUCAUUGUGUGUCUGACAUGCUUCGGUGUUGCUGUGCAGUCGCGGAGGUUUUGAGGUCUACCCCGCAGGAUGCCGUCAGGCUGCUCAACGCCACCAACUGGAACGUCGAGGUGAGCUCUCGGAAAGAGUGAAUGAAUGGUAACUGCUUGUGACUGACUGUCGAUUCCUGAAUGUCGCUGACUGACAGGAGGCCGUCGCGUUGGCCAUCGAAGCACGCCGCGACCUGCCCGCCGAACGACAACACCAACUCGAACGCAAACAGUCACAACAGCAGCAGCAGCAGCAGCAGCAGCUCCCAGCACCAGUGCCAGUGCCCGUCACAGUGGACACCCACCAGCCGCAGCAGCCCUCCCCCGUGUCUGUGUCUUCGGCCGCUUCCAAGGCGGCGGCGUCGUCGUCGUCUCGCGGGUCGAGGGCGGAGCGGGAGAGGGAGAAGGUGCGUGCUGGGAGGAAGGUGCCGACCCUGGUGGUGAAUGUGGUGCGCGCGCGGAAGCUCAAGCAUGUGGGGGCGCACUCGAUAGAGGUGGAGGUCGAGGGGUUCCCCUACAAGACACAGUUCGUGGAAGGUCAGUCAGGCAAGGAGGGCAUCAACGAGACGGCACCGCACCCGUAUUGAUUCGAUUGCAUGGGGUUCGUUGUGUGCGUUGUGCUGGUGUUGUGGUGGUGGUCAUUGUGUAGGCGAUGAGCGUCCGGUUUUCCAGCGGGCGUUUGAGUUCACCAAGUUCCAGGACACGUCGUUCGUCCGGUUCACCGUCUACCACCAGAGGAUGAUGGUACGUAUGUAUGUGUGUGUAGUCAGCCAACACGAGCACCCAGGGAAGAAGCCGCACACUCAGUUAACGACUUUCUCCCGUGGAAGUCUCUGUAUGUCUGUGUCGGUGUUUGUCUAUCAGUUUGGUGACAAGAGGGCGGCUGAGGCGCAUUUCUCGUUGUCGAAUUUGGGUGACGACUACAGCAAGAGGUGCACGGGAUGGAUCACCCUCGAACACAAGGACAGAUACGCCGGUAUGGGUGUGCCGUACGCGUGAGGGAGUGGGAUGGGUGGGACAGGCAACCACACGCCUCACUGGCGGCCGUCCAUCCUUGCGUCCCUCUGCCUGCCCUCCGUGUGUCCACACAUGCAAUGCAGGUGAGCUCCUAUGCGACGUGUACGUCAUCAAGCCUAAGACCGCCCCCGCCCCCCAGGCAGCACCACAGACAUCCGUCGACAAGCAGGCACCCACACCCACACCAGCACCUAAGCCACAGGCAGAGUCCCUGCCCAACUUGAUCGACUGGGACGAGGGCGAGGCCACAGAGACGCCCACCCCCAAGCAGCAGGCACACCCCGCCGCCAACGCCCAGCCCGUCACCACACCCGUAUCGGCAUCCAGCGCAUCCAACGCUGACUUGACGCUCAGGAACGGGCUGGACGACCUGCUGUCGGCAGAGAUCGACAACGUCUUGCCCACCGUGCAGCAGCAGAGGGGAGACGAGGGGCAGCAGGUGACGGCAGCGGGAGGGGGAGGGGGAGGAGGAGCAGCGGGUGCAAGUGACGCCUUCAGGCCAGCAUUCCACUCACCGUCCUUCUCGGAGGGGUUCGGCUCGCAGCAGUUUCCGGCGUUUCCCCAGAUUGCUGGCGGUGGUGGCGGUGGUACGCCCCAAGCUCAGUCGGCCAUGAGCCAGUCGUACCCCGCCCCCGCUCCCUCCUUCCCCGAGUACCCGCAGCGGAGCAGCACCUUCGCCUCGUCGAUGCAGCCGUCGUCCCUCGGCUACCUCACCGCCUUCCAGCCAGGAAUCGCACAAGCCAUGGCCGCCCAGCAGCAACAGCACCAGCACCAGCAGCAGCAAGGGGGUCAGGGUGUCCCUGGCACCUACGCGACGAUGCCUGGCGGGUUGCCUGGCGGCAUGGGUAUGCUGCACAUGAGUGCUGGGCCGUCUGUGUCGUACAAUGUGGGUGUGGGCGGCUCGCCGUCGGGGAGGUCGCCCUCUCUGGGCAGUGGGGGACAGUCGCCCACGAUGUCUUCGACUCAGCAGCAGCAGCAGCAGCAGGCGGCGAGGAGGGGCUCGGUGCCCUACUAGCAAUGGGUGCGUAGCUGGGCUGGGCUGGGCGGGGUGGGUGGUGUCGCUGAGGACGUACGUACGUGCCUACAUGGGUUUUCAUGUGUUUGGCGAUCGCACUCAUUACCUACCGGAUGGGUUGAUGGUUUGAUGAUUGUAUGUAUGUGUACGUACCUGCCUGCCUGCCUCACUCGCUGUCUCACUCGCUUCGUUCGCCUCAACGGGUCGAACGGAGACAGACAGACAGACAAAGAGCGAGAGAGCGGCUGUACGGUCCACCUUUUUCCCCAGUACAGUCAGUACCGAGCCCGCAUUCCUUGCCUGUCAUAUGUUCCUUUCUUGCUUUGCUGGCGGCGUUUCGGUUCCUGUGCGGUCAUGGCCGUGUCCUUCUCUGCACCGCCGUGCUAACCUUGGCGGGGUGGAGAGGUACGCGGCUGUGGGCGAGCAGGGUCGAAACGCCAUCCAUCGCAGAGAGCGAGUGUACGACGGAUUUACAAACAUACAUACAAACACACAUACAUACGUACAGUACACGUGUGCGUCCAUCUCCCUACGCAAGGGAGAUGAAUGGAUGUGUCAACGGCAUUUUUCUCGGUGCCACACUUAACCCCUGACCGAUACAGAGGGAGUGAGUGAGUGAGCGAGACAGUGAGGGAUGGGGUUCUCAUGGAGAGUUUCCACCUCUGUGUGCAAGGGCUGGACGGACGGUGACCUGUGCCUUGAUUGAUUGUCCUGACUGCUUGCGUGAUUAGUUGGGCUGUCCGAACGGCGGCACGUUGCGUCUCAUCAGACGCGAUAUGCCUCCGUUCAGGCGGGUCGGCGUGACAGGCAGGCAGGCAGGCAGGCGGGCGGUGGUAUGGUGGCGCCAGUGAGAGAGUGAGUGCUGAGAGCCUAUUUUUCCUCAGCUUUUCUACAGUGAUGACUUGGCGGCUGAAAUAGGUGGGGUGGUGUGCGUCAGAUGGAGACAUUUUGCAUUCUGGAUUCGCCGUCGCUCGUACGAUGUGAUCAUUGAUCAACCAACCAGUGUAUGUAUG